UUGAGGUUAUAUUUAUAUUUUUAACAUGUUUAUACUUGUAAAUUUAUAAAAGAAAAAUAUGUAUCAUACUUUUAAGUUUAACAAAUUUAGGCUUAAGCCUUUUCUUAACAUCAUAAGUGACAUAAAAAAAAUACACAAUGUAGAUCUUAGCGAUAUUUCGAAAGUAACAGUUACAAAUAUUCGUAAAUUAUUACGACAAAAAGGUUUCCCUGUUCAGGAUGGAUUUACGUCUCUUACAACCAAAUGUACAAUAUGUAUGGAAGAAAAAACCGAACAAAAGAAUGCCGAAAAUAAACUUUUUGUUAAUAAAACUACAGGUUUCUUUUUGUGUCCUAAGUGCAAUAUACAUGGAGAAUGGAAUGUACUUGAAAGGUUAAUGAAAAAAUCUAAACCCGAAGGUAGUAUAAAAGACUAUAUCGAUGAUUUGCAGCAGAAAAUAGACAGUUUUAAAAAACACUGGGAAAAUAUAUUAAAAGAUACUACAUCAAUACUAGAUUUAAGUGAAAAUGAAACUUUAGAACUAUUCCGUUUAUUUGAAUAUCCAUACCAUCACGAAGCAAGUAAGGUAUUAUCAGACAUAAGAGUAUCAAAGGACCACACAGUAUUAUAUUUCCCUUUAAAGAACUCUUUGGAUAAUAUAGUGGGAUACCGUAAAGUACAAGCAGGGAGAGAGGAUGAGACCGAAAGCUUUGGUCUGUAUGCAGCUGGCUUGUUCCACUGCAGAGCCAGUAGAACAAGUCGUAAUGACCAAGCAAUUCUAGUGCCAAGUAUACAGGAUGUCCUACAUUUAGCUGCAUCUAAGGUUCCAGGUACUCUCAUUUGGCUGAAUAACUGUAGCCUACCCCCCGUCUUACUACCCUGUCUAGAAAACUACCAAAGAUUAUGUUUAUGGGGAGAUUGGGACAACAUGAGAGCUGUAGCUGAGAAGCUUGCGGAAGAAAGAUGUCGAUUUGUAAGGCCCACAGAUGGCUUAGUGACAGCAACUGAGGCGGCCGUCGCAAACUUAUCUUUAAAGACUCUUGUCUCGGAAGCGAAACCGGCCGCCCACAGAUCCAUCACCACUUUCGCAGCCCUACGAGAUGACGUGUAUGCUGAACUUACCAAUAUAGAUAAGGUUCGAGGCGUGAAAUGGCGUCGUUUCCCCGGGCUGACGCGCUUGCUGGGCGGACACCGCCGGGGAGAGUUGACCGUCCUCACCGGGCCCACGGGCUGCGGGAAAACAACGCUCUGUGCAGAAAUGUCACUCGACCUCGCACAACAAGGGGUUACAACUUUAUGGGGAAGCUUCGAGAUUCGCAACUCACGGCUGGCUCGCACGAUGCUGCAGCAGUUCGCAGGCGUCCCGCUCGAGCAGAACCUUCAGGAGUUUCCAAAGUUCGCUGACGAUUUUCAAAAAUUACCAAUCUACUACCUCGCGUUCCACGGACAACAGCCUAUCAAAGUCGUUAUGGAGGCGGUGGAGCACGCGCGGUACAUGCACGACCUGUCGCACGUGGUGGUGGACAACGUGCAGUUCAUGCUGGGAGUGGGCGACGAGCGCGAGGGGGACCGCUACCUGCGCCAGGACGCCGUCAUCGCCGCCUUCCGCACCUUCGCCACGGCUAGGCACUGUCACGUCACACUCGUCAUGCAUCCCAGGAAGGAACGCGAAAGUGAAGAUCUAUCUACCAGCUCCAUUUUCGGAAGUGCCAAAGCAUCCCAAGAAGCAGACAAUGUUCUUAUAAUUCAAGAUAAAAGACUAACAGCCGUUCGUGGAAAAAAAUACUUGCAAAUAGCCAAAAAUCGAUACAGCGGAGACCUCGGCAUCGUCCCACUGGACUUUGACAAAGACUCUCUCAGUUACCAGUCGAAAAAGAAAACCAAAUGUAAACAUGAUGAACCAGACAAACUCUUGGACGAGUGCUUUGAAGAAUACUCCUUAGAAGCUAACGAUAUUAAUACUAGCAGAACGCCAAAAAUUCAGAAAAACAAAAAGAGUAACAACGACGCCGAUACAUUCCUUAGUGAUAUUUUAAAUUUAAACAGAACAAGAUAAUAUUAGCUGAGUGAUGUAUCGUAUUUGUAAUAUAGAAAUCACGUUAAAUAAUUUAAACAUUUUACUAAUAUAAUUAAGUUUGUUAGUGACUCAAUUACAACAAACAGCUAGAAUUGAAAUAGAAAAGGAUCAUAUCUGGUAUCCAGGAGAAGAUUUAAUACCCUGGCUGCCCUAUUCCUAUGGAAAAUUGCCACCAAUCUCUGAAACAUUUAACAAUCGGUACGCCACAUUUUUUUGCGAGGUGCUAUGGACGUCUUUUUGAAUUUUUAAACGUUGACGAAUGGGGAAAAGCGAUUUGUACACAAAAUCUCACGGAGUUUUAAUGCCCCUCCUGGAACAGGAAAUCCGCCACCUGUUUAACAUGAAACGGAAUAUUUCAGUAUAUAGUGUGUUUGUAUAUUGUUGUGUGAACUAAUUUUAAAAGAUUGCUGAUAACAGAAAAAGCGAAUGAAAUCCGAUGAAACAAUAAUAAACCAAUCAACAAAGGGAAUUGAAAUUAAAGUAUCCGAAUCAAUUAAAA